ACUUCUGAGUCGCGAAUGCGUGUUUCCGGAGGGAGUUUGAGCGCGGAGACCCACUAAGAGAACCGAUUUCCGGCAUGGAGCUCUUCCGCGGCGUUUCGGCGGCCAGACGCACUAGCUAUGCGGCAGAAGCACUACCUUGAAGCGGCGGCUCGCGGCCUGGUGGAGAGCUGCCCUGGCCAGGCCCGCUACCUCCUUUGGGCCUACAGUUCGACACACGAGGAAAACAGCACUUUUCAAGAAACAUGUCCAUACUGCUUCCAGUUGUUGGUUCUGGAUAACUCUAGAGUACGCCUCAAACCCAAGGCCAAACUGACACCCAAAAUACAGAAACUUCUUCAUCGAGAAGCAAGAAAUCAUGCACUGAGUUUUAAAGAAGCAAAAGUGUUGAGAAAAUACAAAGACUCCACAAGUGUGCUGCUGGUUACCUGUAGAACGUGCAACAGAACAGUGAGGCACCAUGGAAAGAGUAGAAGCUUCCUGUCAGCACUGAAGAGCAAUGCUGCCCCUGCUGCAAACAGAGCCAACCUGAAAACACCACCGAGAAAGACUCCAGGCUCCACACACCCAAUAUGUCAUAAUAUGUCUGGUUCCAAAGGCAAGAACCCCUCCUUGACUAUCAGAACACCUACAUCUGGACAAUCAACACCCAUUUGCUCCUCAAGGAAUGCGAGCAAAAGAAAGAAACACUUCUCUCAACUGAAAGCUCUGCUUAGUCAGAGUGCAUCCGAGAAGAACCUAAAGCUGGACUUCAGGCACUUCUUAUCUUCUCUGUGAAGAAACGGCCUUUGAAAGGACUGCCUAGUGCAGUUUCUGAGAUUCAAGUUAGUCACCAGCUUUUGUCUCACUCUGAAGUCUGAGCACAUGGAAACUAGUCCAAAAGCAAGCUCUUCUGAGCAUCCUUCAUUGCUCAUGUGGAAAAUGCCUCAUUAAAUCGAGUGACUGGGGCUUCCCUGGGUGAAUGUGAAGAUCAAAAAACAAACGACCAGACCAGAGAGAUGGUUGCCAUGCCUGACAGCCUAUAUCAAUCUCCAGGACCCACAGGGCAGAAGAACCCACUCUACAAGUUGUUUUCUGACCUCCACAUGAGUGUCUCCCCCCCCAACACACACACAUAUACAAAAGAAUGAAUGUAAUAAAGGGUUUUAAAACCUGUGACAGUUCUUACAAUAAAGGUAUAAUGGAUAUUGAA